GUUGGUGGUGUGAAGGCUGUCCCCCAGACGGUACUGAACGGACUGGCCGAAUUGAUUGGACCGAUUCUAGUCCAGUGCAACGAGACAGACGACUUUGCUCCGGCCACACAUUUGAUGCAAAUCAGUUUCACACUGUACCAUGAAAGUGAAACAAAUCUUUUUGAUAAAUUUUGGCUGCGUGUGUAUGAUCCAUUACAAUUGCGUUAG